AUGGGCCAUAUUCGGGUCAGAUUUGGACGUGGGCAAGCCUCCACGCUCCUUUCCUCUGUGGACUCACUUGGCCGAACCAUCGUCUCCACCUUCUCGUCUUCAUCUGUGACUCCUGAUUCUGUCUGCCACCUCGCCCCCUCCCCCUGCGGCAUCACUGAGUCGGGCCCGUGCUGCACUGCUGUCUCCGUCACAGAGCCCUCCACCAUCAGGGAGCUUCCUCUGCCUUCCUUCCUUCCCCCGCCCCUCCUCUCCCCCCACCAGGUGGCCACUUCCCGAUUCUUCCCCCACUCACUAGACCCUGUUCCCCGCUUCUUCCCCUGCUCUGUGAACCUCCACGACCCUGCCUCCCCCUCGCCCACUUCCCAGCGUUCCUGUGCCUCCCUACACGUCCUCUUCCUCCCCCUCCCCCCCCUUCCCUCGCCUCCCUCCCCCACCAGGUGGCCACUUCCCGCUUCUUCCCCCGAUCAGUGGACCUGCACGACCCCGCCUCCUCCUCCCGUAGCUACAUCCCGUUUCUUCCCCCGCUCAGUGGACCUACACGACCCCGCCUCCCCCUCUCCCGCUUCCCCCCUGCGCACAUUCCGCCUGCCCUUCCCCCCCGCUGCUGUGGGCUUCCUGGGGGGGACCGAGAGGGACAGAGGGGGAGGGAAGCGGAGGGGAGGGGAGAUGGAGGGGGAGGAGGAGGGGAAUGCAGUUGAAGGGGUUCGGCUGCUGGCAGUGUGCGAAGGACCCCAGCUCAGCAUCUGGGACGAGCGGGCUGCCGAAAACGGUGGCUGCAUCCAGCGAAUCACAGUCUCUCCUGCUGCCGAGCCUCUCUACGCCCUAGCCUCGACAGUAGGCUCGGGAACAGGCUCGGUAACAGGCCUGGUAGCUGUAGGAGGGGCCGAGCGCACUGUAGCUGUGUACGACGUGCGGAAAUGGGCGGCAAGAGGCCGCUGGGUCAGCUGCGUUCGGCAGGACGUGAUGGGCAUCCCUGUGGCUGGUGGUGAGAGAGAGGAUGCGAGACAGGAGGGACAGGAUGGUCUUUCGUUUGGGUCUGAUGAAUCCGUGUUUGUGUGGAGCGGUGAUAAUGAGGUGGUGUGUGGGAGGUGGACUGAGGGCGAGGGGAGGGUGGGAGGGGUGCGAAGAGCAGAGAAGGGGAGGGGUAAAGGGGGGAGUGGAAGGGGGGGGGAAGGGGGGGGAAUGGGGAGGGAUUGA